UCCUCUUACCCACGGAUGACGGAUCCACCAACCUCCAGUCCCCAACGACGACGAAGCAGAGGGAGCCGGGAGGGAGCGGAGCAAGCCAAGGAUCUCCUCCGCACCCAACUCAUCCAAGAUCCCUCGCCCCGAACUCUUUUUAGGGUUUCGGAACCGGAGAAAUCCAAAGGGGACACCCAAAGCUCCCCAAUCCGUAGAAUCCCCAUGAGCUCGGCGCAAGAUCCAUUCUACAUCGUCCGGGAGGAGAUCCAAGAUUCGGCUACCUGAUACACCGCCUGCACGGAGCUCUCAUGAUUGAUAAAUUGCAAAAUACCUUCCACCGUUGGGAGGAAACUGCUUCAAACACAGGAGAAUAUGUUCAUCUGACAAAAGAGCUUCUUACCAGCUGUGAAAGCAUCGAGUGGCAGGUAGAUGAGCUGGAAAAGACAAUCUCAGUUGCAUCAAGGGAUCCUGCAUACUAUGGACUUGAUGAAGUCGAGCUUUCUAGACGACGGAACUGGACUGGUUCUGCUCGUAAUCGGGUUGGCAGAGUCAGGAGAGCUGUUGAAAAGGGGAAGAGCAAUUCAGCAAUUUCGAAACACCAGGACUUAAUGGGCACAGGCAGAACCAACCUCUAUUCUGCCCAAGACAAUGAUGACUUUAUUUCUUCAGAAUCAGAUAGACAGCUUCUACUUAUGAGGCAGCAGGAUGAAGAACUUGAUGAGCUCAGUGCAAGUGUCCAACGGAUUGGAGGUGUAGGGCUAACCAUACACGAAGAGCUGUCUGGACAGGAAAGGAUCCUAAACGACCUAAGCUUGGAGAUGGAGACUACUUCGAACAGACUUGACUUUGUGCAGAAAAGAGUGGCCAUGGUAAUGAAGAAGGCUGGCAUCAAGGGGCAGAUUCUGUUGAUCGUGUUCCUGGUUGUUCUGUUCAUUAUACUAUUCGUUUUGGUGUUCUUGACAUAGCCAAGUGCACCGGGCUUCAGUUUCUCCUACUUGUACUACCUACCUGCUUAUUGUAAGUUGUGGUGAAACAUAAAUAUACGAGCUACCCAUCUUUCAUAAAUCUUCUCGUUCUUGCAAUUAUGCCAUUCUAUCUAUCUGUGAUCGUCGACGCUUA